AUGGGUUCCCUAAAAUCAUCGGGUUGUUAUUGGUUGAUAGGGUUAAGGCCAAUUUCCGUCAGUCUGCAAGUGGAUUUGUUUACUAUAAAAGUAAAUGAUUUUAGUCACUUCAUAUCACUCCAUACUUCAUCUCUACAAUCAUCAUCAUCAACAACAACAACGUCCGACAACAGCAGCAAUCUACAGGUACCUGGCUGUAGCAAUGUAUUAGAUUUAGAUUUAGAUAUAGAACAUAGAAAUAGUUUUAGUUAUAGAUUAAAGUCAUCUGUUAAAGAGAGGAAGAAAAAGCAAUUAGAUAGUGAAACAGUAGAGCAAAGAAGAGUUAGACUUGAAAAGCAAAGAGUUAGAAAUAGAAAAAGAGUAGUCCAGGCUAGAAAUAAUAUAUUAGAAUCGGAGGAAUCGGAACGUGAAGUUAGACUUAGAACUCAAAGAGAGAGAAAUAGAUAUAGAAUUGAAAAUGAAACCGAAUUAGAAAGAGAAAAUAGACUUGAAAAGCAAAGAGAAAGUAAUAGAAAAAAAAUAGCAAAUGAAUCAGAAAUAGUUCGUGAAAAUAGACUUGCAACUCAAAGAGCGAAAAAUAGGAUUAGAUUUGAGAAUGAAACAGAACUGGAAAGAGAAAUUAGACUUGAUUUGCAAAGAGAGAGAAAUAGAAAGAGAUAUGCAAGCGAAUCAGAAGUAGAACGAGACAAUAGAUUGCUGAUAAACGAAAUAGAAUUAACAAUGAAACAGAAAUAGAAAGAGAAAAUAGGCUUGAAUAUUUUAAAGCGAAUAAAAUUAGAAAUAGACAAAGCGUCAUACAGUCAUAUGCGGCUGGC